GUCUUACUUUUCCAGCAGGCAACCUUAAUCAGUCGAAUGCGGAUUCCCUAGUCUGUGUAUGUACCGUAUACAAGGCCAACAGGCAGCAGACAUGAGGUUGAAAUUGACGCUGUGUGUGCUCGGGGUGAUUGUCGGAGUCUCGUCGGCGUAUCCGAUGGAGUUUCAGAAGCCGGCCGAGUCCGAAGAGGCGGCAUUCGUGGAAGAAGCCGUAGGUGGGCCGGAAGCGAGUGGCGUGGGCGAGCCGGAAGCGGAAGAACAACCCAUGUCCCAGCGGCACAGCAAACAACUCUACCUCGCGUACCCUCCGGCCCCGGUGAGGCAACACCUUCUCUUGGACCGCCAUCAGCAGCAGCAGGAUCCGUUUCGAAGCAUCGGAGGCGCCUCGUCUUCGUCGGUGGCGGCACAGCAGCGUUGGUUCUUCAAUCGAAACCAGCUCAUAGACGGCAUCAUCAAUGCUCUGGAAUUGUUGCGUGGAAGGAAUCAGCAGCAACAGCAGCAGCAGGGAAAUGCUGCUUAUCCACAGCCCUCCGAUUCGUCUUCGGUCAGCAACAGCAAUCGGAGGGCGCAUUUGGCGCCGGACUCUGUCAACAAAGCCAUCACCAUCGUGGGAUCUGUGGAAUGUAAGUCGUCUGCCAUCUGCGGCUGCUAUUUGUUCAACGCCCGGCGUUCCUUGGUUGAGCUGCGUCACGGUUCGACGGGCACAGCAUCUGGAACUCCGUGGCCUCAUGCAGAGGGUGAAUCUGCUGGAAGUACCCAACUUGAACUAUCUGGAGUCCAGAAUUCUGAAAAGCUGGAUUUGGAGCUGGGCAAUAUCUUGAAUCCCCUGGAGAAUAACGGAGGCGUGGGUCAUGUCCAGAACAUCAACGGAGCGCAGAUCAUCACGAAUGUACCGGCGAAUGAUCCUUACGAAAGCCAGGUUAUUCUGGGCAACUUGGCGCCUUAUCGACCAACGAAUGCCUUGCAAGGCCUGUCUUCCUUCUCCAACAACUUGCCUCAGUUGCAGCUGCCCAGUGUGUCGCAGAGUUUGCAGUCCCUGGGGAACAUUCUCCGCCUGCCGCUGCGAGUCGUCAACGGCUGGCUCGUUCAGCAAAACUAAGAGCUCUUGCAGAUUGUUUUUUAUCAUCAAAUCCCCGAGCGUGGAUUCCAUUUGGAAUUUCCUGGAAGCUGUUGUAUUUAUUUACUUUUUGAAGGGAUUGACUUGAAUUCCUGCAGGAUGGUGCUCUUACAUUUCUCGCGAGACCAGAUCGGGAUUCUUAUGGAACAGUUACCAUCAUUUGUUACCAUAUGGUUCUGAAGUUGUUGGGGCUCAUUGUUCAUUGUUGCCCCAGUUGUUGAUGUUUGUUUAGGGAGGAUAAUAAAAAUGAAGGUAACCAGA